AUGCCUAAGAGAAAGUCACUGACUGGUAGGAAAGAGCGCGAGAGAGAUGCUGAGAAGAAGAGGCAGAAGAGACUUAAGUCCUGCCCUGAUGUUCCACCAGUGACAGAGUCCAAUGCUCCACACAGAGAAGUGGAUGCAGCUGCUCCAGGCUCAGAGUGUGGCUCUAUAGGGUUGCCACCUACUUCGCUAAAACCCUUGGCCAGGGUGCAGGCCUCUCCUCGUGAGAAAAUGCACUCAGCCCCGAGGUUGUCACCUCCUCGGGGAAGUCGUCUGAUUGUCCCAAAGGACAAGGUAGCAUCCCCUGACUCCCCAGCGUGGGUUUGUACUCCAGCGAGAGUACCUGAAUCAGACAUUUGGAUGAUGUCUGGUUCAGCAGAGGAAACUAGGAAAACGGAAGAAGAAUCAGAGAAAUUUGAAAAGAAGUCAGAGAAAUAUGCUGAGAAAUCAGAAAUAUGUGAUCAAGAAUCUAAAGAACCUGAGCAGGAACAUAGGCCAUGUACAAGACAAAGCAAAAUAAGUAACCUAAAAGAGAAUAUUUCUAAAGUUGAAAAUGGCAAGUGUGCUUAUAUGAAUGAAAACAAUAAGAUCAAUGAUAGAAAGAAUACUGAACAAAAUCUUGCUAGAACAAGGGGUGAUAAAUGUUCAAAAAAUCAGAAUUUGUCUGUUCAAGGUUCAUUUCAUCAGGGAGAUCCAAUGUUUGGUGAAAAUGCUGGAACUCAGUGUGUAGCUAACUCUUUAACAGCAUUGGCAUAUCAUCAACUGAAGAAUUGUGAAAAGUGGCAAUCAGAAGAUAUGAACAAAAUACUGGCAACAGGAGACGAGUUGUAUUCAUAUCUACAGUGCAGUUCUACAAUUGCAAGCAGAUACCUUUUAGUGAGUGAGCUGCCUCAGUUUUUUGAAUGCUUUGGUAGACUGUAUGAAUUAAAAGCAAACGAGUCUUUACCAAGUCUGAUAAACUUAGCAAAUGUAGUUCUGGAUUAUGCUGAUUUCAAUGCUCAUGAAUUGUUAGAGGCACUUCAAAUAGCCCUUGAUGACAGUGAUGGGUGUUUUGUAUGUUUUGGCGGGAGUACAUUUUUGAUUGGGAAAUGUCACAAUAAUUUUUUCACAUUUGAUUCCCACUCAAGGUCUGUUGCAGGAUUUCAGAGUGUAAAUGGUAGAAGUACACGAGUUUUGUACAAAUCCAUUCAAGAUUUAUGCAGUCAUAUUUUGUCUUUAGCUAAGUCAAUGGGUUAUACUGAAGCAGUUGAGUGUGAAAUAACUGGAGUGCAAUGCUCAGCUAGACAGCUUUCAUUGGGACGGGAUGAAGGCAUUUAUAAAGAAUCACAAUUCAGCGAGUUUGAGAAAGAAUUGUACGAUUUUGCCAACUUUCAAUGUAAUAGGAGGAGUUCUAGUGUACAAAAUGAUGAUGAGGUAGAAUUUGUUGGGAGAGAGAACCAUCAGAUAAGAUUUUUACCACUUUCUAGUGAUCAAAAGAAAACACACUGUGAAAUAUUAGGAAUACCAUUUUCAGUGAAUGAGUGUGAAAAUCAACAUCAGUAUGGACAGGAAAUUACAGUACCAAUGAACAGAGUACAAGUUAGGCCAGAUGGAAAUUGUUUCUUUCGAGCAAUCUCAUUCUGUUUGACGGGAAAGCAAGACUACCAUCAGACAAUACGUCUAGCAAUAUGCAAUCACCUCGUGGAAAAUGGUUUACUUUUCACACCAUUCUUAAGGCCAGGUGUAAGUUCAGUCGAAAGCCAUAUUUCCUUGUCAGGCAUGCUCAUGGACGGUAAAUGGGCAACUGAAGUAGAGAUUCUAGCACUAUCUCAUUUACUGAAAACUGAAAUUUAUACAUACUCACAGAACAGAUGGGUUACAUACUCUGGACAAAUGGUUAAUUCAGAAGAAAAUGUUACUUCAUUGGGUGGCAUUUACUUAGAUCAUAUAAAUCAGAAGCAUUAUGAUGUUGUUACAUCCAUUACAAAUGGAGAAAAUAUCACAGUGACUUCAUUACAAAAUCCAUCAUGUUUGAAAGAAAAUGGAAGGAAAAUUGAUACAGAGAGAAACCAGAAGACACAACUACAAAAUGAAAAUUGCAAACUUCAAAUGUCGGAUGUAAGUGCUGAAGAAAAAAAAUUGUUUAGAAAAAACAUGAAGUACAGAACAGACCCAAAGUUCAAAACAAAAUGCAUUGCAAAUGCUAAGAAAAGAUACAGAAAUGAUCAAACUUAUCGUGAAAAUUUAAAACAACUCGGUGUUAAAAGAUAUAAAACAAACCAUAUACACCAAGAAAAAGUGAGAGAAAGAAGUAAACAAAAGUAUGAAACAAACAGAGAGGAUGUCAAACAAAGAAGUAGACAGAAGUAUGAAACAAAUCUGUCACACAGAGAAGAAGUCAAACACAGAGGCAGACAGAAGUAUAGAACAAACAAGACCCACAAAGAGAAAGUCAAACAGAGGAGCAGAGAGGAGUAUAAAACAAACCAGACACACAAAGAGAAAGUCAAACAAAGGAGCAGACAAAAGUAUAAAACAAACAAACAGCAUCAAGAGAAGGUGAAAAAAGCCAGUAAAGUUAGAUAUCAUUCCAGUGCAGAAACCAAGAUACAGAAAAAGGAAUCUGUACAAAAACAAAGACAAGUGCUGCGUGAAAUGCUUGAAAAUAUUGAUGAAGUAGUGAAAUCAUUUAAAGCAUGUGUGAAACAUGGACCAGAAUAUGUAUGUUGCUGCUGCCAUCGCCUUUUGUUUGAAAAUCAGGUACAAGGAUGUAUGGUUGAAAUGUAUGAGAGAAAUAUAAAGGCAGCUCAUGUUGCUAAUUUAUGCAUCGAUAAGAAGUAUGUUCAUAGUUGUGCAUCUGGAUGUUCCCCUAAUUGUCCCAAAUCAAAAACAUGGAUUUGUUUCACAUGCCAUAGAAAGAUUCUAAGUGGAAAUGUUCCAGCUGAAGCAGCUUUUAACAAAAUGUGUUUGGAAGAUAUUCCACCAGAGCUCAAUAACCUGAAUACUUUAGAGCAGCAUCUAAUUGCUCUGCAUAUACCUUUCAUGAAAGUAACCAUGCUUCCAAAAGGUGGCCAACAAAAUGUGCAUGGACCUGUUGUAUGUGUGCCAUCAAACAUAAAGAAAACAAGCAGUUUACCUCUGAAUGAAAAUGAAAAUCUCUUGUUACGAGUUAAACUCAAACGAAAGUUGUCAUACAAGGGAUAUUAUGAAUAUCAGUUUGUAAACCCAAAUCACAUUAAAAUAGCUCUCAACUACCUGAAAGAAAACAAUCAGUGGUAUCAUGAUGUUGAAAUCAACACAACAUGGGAAAAGGAUAAUGACCAAAGUACUUUACUCAGCCAGCCAGAAGCAUUUGACAGUGAAGAAACAACUGAAGAACAGAAGAGUGAAAUUCAAGAAGUUGCCACAGAUACUUGUUUACAGCCUGUAGAUAUUGCACAAGAAGUUUUAGAUCACUACUUUGAUGAUAUUUACAAUCUUGCUCCUGGUGAAGGACAGAAUCCAGUAAGAAUGUUGCAAGAGGAGGGCAAUGAAGCCAAGACGUUUCCAUAUUUAUUUCCAACAGGCAAAUAUUCUUGGAAUGAAAGUCGAGAUGUAAGGAUAACCCUUUCUCGAUAUUUUAACAACAGGCUGAUGAAUGCAGAUAACAGAUUUGCGAAAGAUACCAAUUACAUUUUCUUUUGUCAGUACCUAUCUGAAUUGAACCAGGUUAUUGAGAAAACACAAAUUUCAAUUCGCAAAUCUGUAUCGAAACUUGAUGGAGGGAUACCUGUCACAUCAGAAAUGUUACAAAAUCCUGCUGUCCUUGCAAAACUGCUUAAGAGUGAUGAGGCUUUGCGAUUUAUGCAACCAAUUAGAGGAACACCUGCAUAUUGGUCAAGUACACAAAAAGAUCUUUUUGCUAUGCUUCGACAACUUGGAAUCCCCACAUGGUUUUGUUCUUUUUCUGCGGCAGAAUUCAGGUGGAAUGAAAUACUGGGUUCAAUUAUGCUACAUAUGAAUGACAACAGAAAUCCUUCUGAUCUAGAUUGGUCUGAGAAAAGUGAAAUUCUAAGAAGCAAUCCUGUAACUGUUGCAAGAAUGUUUGAACAUAGGUUUCAUAUAUUCCAGAACAAUGUAAUAAUGUCACCAGCAAAACCCAUAGGAACUAUUGUAGAUUACUUUGUGAGAGUGGAGUUUCAGCAGAGGGGUUCUCCUCAUAUGCACUGCUUGUACUGGGUUGAGAAUGCUCCAAAAUUAGAUGAGGACAGUGAGGAGACUGUUUGUCACUUCAUUGAUAGGCACAUCACAUGUUCUCUGCCAUCAGAAGACACUGACCAAGAACUUAGACAAAUCGUAUUGGAUGUACAACAACACAGCAAAGGACACUCAAAAUCAUGUAGGAAAAAAGGAACAGAAUGUAGGUUCAAUUUUCCAAGACCACCUUCAGAGUGCACAUUCAUUUCAAGACAAUUGGAACAGAAUGUGGAUGAAUCAAGUAGUGAGUUAGGUAGUGUGCAGGCAAAGGAGAUUUUGUUGAAGGUGUGGAAUGAAGUAAUGGAUGAUGCUAAGGCAUGUGAAACAACAGAGGAAAUAUUCAGCAAUAUUAACCUAUCACAGGAUUUGUAUGAAAAGGCACAUAGAGUAUUGGCCUCUAAAACAACCACUGUUUUGAAACGAAAUCCAACAGAAAUGUGGACAAAUCAGUACAACCCAUGCCUGCUCAAAAGCUGGGAUGCCAAUAUGGAUAUACAGUACGUAUUGGACCCUUUCAGCUGCAUUGUCUACAUUAUAUCAUACAUUUCAAAGUCUGAAAGGGAAAUGGGAAUGCUAUUAAAGCAAACUCAAAUAGAAGCAGCUGAAGGAAAUUUGAGUGCACAUGAUACCAUCAAGAGGGUAGGAUCAGCUUAUUUAAAUCACAGAGAAGUCAGUGCACAGGAAGCAGUAUACAGGGUGUGUAAUCUUAAGAUGAAAGAAAGUUCAAGAAAAGUCAUUUUCAUACCUGUGGGGGAAAAUCCAACUCGUUUGAGUAAGCCUCUUGCACAAAUUAAGAAUCAGCAAUUUGAGAUUGGUGAAAAUGAUUUAUUAGCAGAUGGCAAUGAUGAUGAAGAGGAAAAUAGUAUGUGGAUGACAAAUAUUGUGGAAAGGUAUGAAAACCGCCCUGAUUUAAAUAUUUUCAAUAAAAUGUGUCUCGCUGAAUUCUGUUCAGAGUACAGAGUGCUUUGUAAAUCUCAGAUUCCUAAAGGCAAAAAAGAUGGUGUGUAUGAAUUGAAAAAUGGAAAGGGUUACAUUCAAAAGAGAAGUAGAGGCAAACCUGCUGUUAUACGAUAUCCAAGAUUCCAUCGAGAUAACGCACCUGAGAAAUAUUAUCAGUGUCUGCUACAACUUUUCCUGCCAUACUGGAAUCUGAAUCAGUUGAGACCAACUGGAUUUGAUUUGUAUCAGACAUUUUAUGAGAGUGGACAUGUGAGGGUUAAACCAAACACAAACUUGGAAAAAGUAAAAAGCAUAGUGGACAGUAAUCAUGUUUACUAUUCAAAAAGUGAGGAUGAUAUUGAAAAUGCCCAGGAUGCAUUAGAAAUGCUUGGUGAACCAGACGACGCAUGGGCAAGUUUAUGUCCAGAAACAGAAUUAAAUCGAAGAGAAUGUUUGAAUGAAAAAUUAAGAAAUGAUCAGGAGAAUACAGAAAAAGAGGUCACAAACGAAAUUGAGUGUAGUGGUUCUGAAGAUGCUGUAUAUCAUUUAAGGGAACCUCAAAGCACCAGAAAAGAGAUGCUUCCUUUACUGUGCAGUUUGAAUGACAAACGAAAGCUGAUUUUUUAUGCUGUUCAUGAAUGGUGUGUCAAGAAAAUAUCUGGAGAGAAUGUAAAAGCUUUGCACAUUUUUAUAACUGGAGGAGCAGGAACAGGAAAAAGCCAUCUGAUUAAAACAAUACACUACGAAGCAUCUCGUCUGUUGGAAAAAUCACUGCCUUCUCCAAAUGCAGUAUCGGUAAUUCUCACAGCCUUCACAGGAACAGCAGCAUUCAAUAUUGGAGGAAAUACCAUUCAUCAUGUGUUUUCUUUAACAAAAGCUUUACCAAUUCCAUAUCAACCCCUGAAGGAACAAAGUUUGAGUGGGAUAAGAACCAGAUUAGAACAUUUGCAAAUUUUGGUCAUUGAUGAGGUUUCCAUGGUGUACAAAAGACUACUGUAUUACAUUCAUGAACGACUUGUCCAAAUAAAAAAAUGUAAGGAACCAUUUGGUGGCGUUUCUGUGAUAGCAGUUGGAGAUUUUUAUCAACUUCCACCUGUUAAACAACGAAAAGAUGAGAGGCUGUAUAAAGAAAAUGGUUCAUAUCCAAUUGACUACUGGUUAGAUCUUUUUGAAAUGGUCGAAUUGGACGAAAUAAUGCGACAACGUGAAGAUAAAGCAUUUGCAACUGUUCUGAAUUCAUUGCGUGUUCGAACAUGUGAAGAGCCCUUAUCAGAGGAAGCAUUGGAAACACUGCGGGAAUGCAUUAGAGAAGGACCAGAUGAUGUUCUGCAUGUUUAUUCUACAAACCAAGAGGCAAAUGAAUACAAUCUUAAAAUGUUGCAUGGAAAUUGUGAAGAAUUAAUAGAAGUGAAUGCUGAAGAUUAUCAGAAAGACAAGACAACAGGGAAAUUAACUUUACGUGACAAACCUUUGGUUAGUACCCGAGUUGAUGGCCUAUCUGCUUCAUUACUUUUGGCUGUGAAUGCAAGAGUAAUGCUUACACGAAAUGUGAGUGUUGAGGAUGGACUAGUGAAUGGUGCAAUGGGAUAUAUUUCAAAUUUUGUGUUGAAAAGAAAAGAACCUGCACAUGCAAUAGAAGUAGUUGAAGUCAUUUUUGAUAGUUCAAGUAUUGGUAAAAUACAAGGGAAGAAAACACCACAAGGAAAUAUUGUCCCAAUUAAAAGAGUGGAGGAAGAGAUAAAUGAGAAAAAUAUAAAGAGUGUUGUCAGGCAUCAAUUUCCACUGAAACUGUCAUGGGCAUGCACAGCACAUAAAGUUCAAGGCAUGACUGCCAAGAGUGUUGUUGUAAAUUUAGAUCGGACUUUCUCUCCCGGUCAAGCAUAUGUCGCUGUCAGCCGAGUUACCUCAAAGGAUGGGCUAUUCAUUGAGACAAAUGAUGAAAGUGUCCUGCAGAAAAAAAUUUAUGCUGAUUUAGAUGUGAAGUUAGCACUUAAUAAAAUGGAGAGAUACAGUUUAGAUGAAGAAUGGACAUGCAGUUUAACAAAGUUUGGGAAUUACAAAACAAUUCUCUUGUUUAAUGUACAAAGUUUGAGAGGACACUUUCAGGAGAUGAAUUGUGACAACAGAUUGAUGAAAGCUGAUUUUGUAUGUUUAACAGAAACAUGGCUGAGAGAACAUGAGAACAUCCAAGAUAUUGAAAUUUCAGGGUUUGACUUUCACCAUAUUGCACGUAACCAGUGUUACGAUGAUAGUGAAGAUGUGAUGGCAAGACUAAAAGCAGCUAAAGGUGGUGGGGUUGGCGUGUACAAGAAGAAAACAAAUGAAACAAUCUUGAUCAAUGCUUUGGAAUGCAAGAAUAUAGAGGGAUUAACUGUAGAAAUACAUGAGGAGGAUACCGCAAUCAUUGUGCUCUACCGGCCGAGUGCACUGCCUGUAAACAAUUUUCUUGGCACAUUGCAAAAAGUGGUGCAGUUUUACAAGAAGCGUUUUAGCAAGUUGAUUAUUAUUGGUGACAUGAAUGAAGAUGCAAACGUUCAAGGACCCAUACAAAAGUUCUUAGAAUCUAUGGGAUUUAUGCAGUUGGUGCAAUUUUACACAACAGAGGGUGGAACGACAUUAGAUCAU